AAUUUCUCUGAUGAAAACAUCGAUUACAAAACGAGGUUGUUGUAUUGAAAAAAAUUGCAGUACAUGCAUGCAAACAUCUGAAGGUAGGUCAAACAUCUGAAGGUAGGUCUGAAGGUAGGACAAAGAUCUGAAGGUCGAUAGUUUUGCUCACUUUAAAAACAAAUCAAAUGUAUCAUUUUAAUAAAGUCUAAGGAGCGUUUUGUUUCAUUUUGGCAUGACUUUUCGGGUGUACCUACACUGUCAGUGUUUACAUGCAGAUAUUCUCCAGCACGUAUGAAUUCAGUCCAAUUGCAUAUUACGAAUGUUUAGACUAUAUGCAUCCUAAACUAGACACUGGAAACAAUCUUCAUUUAUAUGCACUUUGCAUGUAAUCCGAUUCAAAGUUAUUCGCAUGGGUGGAGUAAGGUUUAGUGCCAGCUUUACCAAACAAACGUGCAUUAAAUGUUAUGCAAGUGUGAUUAUUAAACAGACAGAGUUUGUGACCGCAGUAACGUUGUUCAGCAUUUUGUAUAUAUCCGACAUUCAGGAGCAAGAACGCUCUGCUUGUUUAAAAUAACCAAAUGCAAAUAGUCUUGUAUGUGAACACUGAUGGAUGCUGUUGUCUGCUGUAUCUCAGGAUGGCUGCGGUGUUAUUUGAGGGUUUGAAGGUCCUGCUGUCUCGGCUGCUGUGCGCGCGCGCACUGUCUGGUGCGCUCGGUGUGUGUGUGCUCGCGCUCCUGGUGCUAUUCGCCGCACGCCUCGCGCAGCUGCUGUGGAAACGCAAGAGCCUCUCCUGCUUCAGCUGUCCUCCACAACGCAACUGGUUUCUGGGACACAUGGGCAUUAUUCGGUCUGAUGAAAUGGGUCUUCAGGAGGUGGAUGAGCUGAUAAGGACGUACCGUCACUCCUGUGCCUGGUUCCUCGGCCCCUUUUAUAACCUUGUGCGCUUUUUUCAUCCUGACUACAUCAAACCUUUGCUUCUUGCCUCUGCUUCCAUUACAUAUAAAGAUGAGCUGUUCUAUGGGUUUAUGAGACCUUGGCUUGGACAGGGGCUUCUGAUAAGUAACGGAAAACAGUGGUCUCGUCAGCGUCGUCUUCUCACUCCGGCCUUCCACUUUGACAUCCUGAAAAACUACAUUCAUAUCUUCAACAGCUCCACCAAUGUCAUGCAUGAGAAGUGGCGCCGCUUGCUGGCAGAAAGAAAGAAAGACUUUGACAUGUUUGAACACGUGAGCUUGAUGACUCUCGACAGCCUCCUGAAAUGCACUUUCAGCUAUGACAGCAACUGCCAAGAAAAAUCCAGUGAGUACAUCUCUGCCAUUUAUGAGCUGAGCGACUUGGUGGUGAAGAGGCAGCGCUGCCUCCCUCAUCACUGGGGCUGGCUGUAUAAGCGCACUGCAGAAGGACAGCGUUUCCAUCGGGCCUGCGAAAUCGUCCACAACUUCACCACCAGCGUCAUACAAGAACGCCGUACCCAAUUCCUCCAUCAGGGACAGACAGACAGCGCCACACAAACAGGCACGACAGGCAAGAAGAGGAGAGCAGUUGACUUUAUAGAGGUGCUGCUUCUAUCAAAGGAUGAGAAUGGAGAAGGCCUGUCAAAUGAGGAGAUUAAAGCACAAGCAGACACGUUCAUGUUUGCAGGUCAUGACACAACAGCGAGUGCAAUUUCCUGGGUUCUGUAUAAUCUGGCCAUGCACCAGGACUAUCAAGACCGCUGUCGUUCCGAGAUCAAUGCUCUUCUUGAAGGCCAUGACACUGAGGAGCUCGUCUGGGAAGACCUCAGUAACCUGCCCUUCACCACCAUGUGCAUUAAGGAAAGUAUGAGGCUUCAUCCACCUGUGAUUGCUUUAACCCGAUACUACUCUCAAGAUAUGAAUGUUCCUGGGGGACGCACCGUACCAGAGGGCGCUAUCUGUCUGAUCAGUGUUUAUGGCACCCAUCAUAAUCCAGAUGUGUGGCCUAAUCCAGAGGUGUUUGACCCCAUGCGAUUCGACCCUGACAACCAGAAACAACGCUCCCCAUAUGCUUUUAUUCCCUUUUCUGCUGGACCAAGGAACUGUAUCGGUCAGAACUUUGCCAUGGCGGAGAUCCGUGUGGUUCUGGCACUCACUCUAAGAAGAUUCAGGGUUCUUCCAGGGUCCAGAUCUCCAAGUCGUCUUUAUGUGCUCACACUGAAAGCAGAGGGGGGGCUGCUUCUAACGCUAGAACCCCUGUCACCACCUCAACGCUGAAACACACACGCACAUAGAAACAUAAAUGGCUGUAGCCUAGUAGCAUUUUACCACCUCACACACCAACAAAUAUGUGACCCUACAUUUUGUCAUUAUUUUCAUUGCUAAGUGAGCUGUACUGUAAGUGAUCACAAUGAAUUUGUUUAUGUGUAUGUAUAUAUAUAUAUAUAUAUAUAUAUAUAUAUAUAUAUAUAUAUAUAUAUAUAUAUAUAUGUAUGUAUAUGUAUGUAUGUAUGUAUGUAUGAUCACUUACAGUACAGCUCACUUAGCGAUGAAAAAAAAAUAAUUUUCCUAGCCACUGUAGUGCACAGAAUAGCAAAUGUCUUCCUACCUCUAUAGAUUAUAGAAUAGAUUAUAACAUGCAUUAUAUGGCCAUUUAGGAUUCAACCACUGUACUUUGUGAUUCCAGAAAGGUUAUUCGUAUAUAAUAUCACAUUUAGAACACAUACUUUGUUCUUUUUCUUAUAUUAGAAUAUGAAAAUUGAUGCAUUACAAUUUAAAAAAAAUACAUCAUUUAUAUUUAUAUGCAUACUGUACAUAGAUAAUUUUAUACACAGUUCUGAUACAUAAUUUUAGCAAUUGAAAAUAAAUUAUUACAUUAAGUGGUGUGUUAAUUGGAAACCCUUAAAUACCAGAUGAUAAGGGUCAUUUGCCUCCCUUCAUAUGGUUUGACAUCUUGAAUGUGGCACAUUCAUGAGUAAGGUGACCUAAAAGAGAUUGAAUGAAGGUUUAUGUCCUGCUUCCUUUACUAUUGCUUGUUGACAAAUAAAAUAAAAGUUACUUCAUUGUUUCACA